AUGGCGCUGGUCAAGACCGUCACCAUCGUGUUGGGAUUUUUCCAUGUUUUCUGCAGGAAGCACGCCCUGAACUGCCACAGGAUGAAGCCGGCCCUUUUCAGCGUCCUCUGUGAAAUCAAGGAAAAAACAGCUCUGAGCGUGCGUAACCUCCCCGAGGAGGAACCCCCUGACGCUCAGCUGAUGCGCCUGGACAACAUGCUGCUGGCCGAGGGCGUGGCGGGGCCGGAAAGAGCCGGAAAAAACCGGGAAAAAGCGGGAAAAGGCGCGGAAAAUUCCGGAAAAGAGCCCGGAAAAACGGGAGAAACGCCUGGAAAAAUUGGGAUUGGGGGUUGUCCCCACGAGAACGGCAUCGAGCACUCGGAUUAUCGCGCCAAGCUGGCGCAGAUCCGACAGAUUUUCCACUCGGAGCUGGAGAAGUACGAUCAGGUGAUUUGGGGNAUUUUUCCCUUUAAUUCCUUCAUUUUUCCCUCUGUUUUAAUCCCAAAAUUUGGUUCCAAGCUCUGCUUUGGCGGUAAAAUUCCAAAUCUCACAUCCAAAAAAACCCCAAAACGUUUUAACCUCGAAAAAAAUUCCGAAUAUUUUCGGGAAUGUUCCGAUGGGAAUUUUUUCCCGAAUUUUUUUUGGGAUCUUUCCCAGGUUUCCAACUGGUUUGGGAACAAGAGGAUCCGCUACAAGAAGAACAUGGGGAAGUUCCAGGAGGAGGCGAAUAUUUACGCCGCCAAAAGCGCCGCGGACGCCGCCGCCGCUUCCUCGCCGAAUUCCGCUUCUUCUGGGUCUUUUAAGAUGACAAAUUCCGGGGAUUCCUUCCUCAACCUUCAAUCCUUGACUUCCUACCAGAGCCCUCCCAAUGUGCACCCCCAGAUGGAUUCCCUGCACCACGUCCUGCACCAGACGGGGACGUUCGAGCCUUUGUUCUCCACGCAGCGCCUCGAUGCCAAUGGCAGCUGGCAGGACGCUGCCACCCCCUCAUCCAUCACCUCCCCCACCGGAGACCCGGGAAGCGACGCCUCCAAUUAAAACAUUUUUUUAGGACCUUUUUUAACGAGAGGAGAGAGGUCAAUUAGCGUUAAUUAACCGACGUUGCAAGAAUUAUUGACUCACAAUUAAUGAAUUACCUCAGAACAAGCCAAUAGAUUGCGAUGGCAGCGACACCUCUACCUCUCACUGGUUUCUUCGCCCCGCCGGGGACUUGAAAUUAUUUCUGACAACUUCAUUUCGCCUCAGCAAAUUCCGCUUUUUUUUAAAGGAAAAACUCCACGGAUUUCCACAGGAGGAAAAUAAAAAGUCUCGGCGUUCCUCUCCAGUUUUACAGCCGAAGAAAUCGGAUUUAUUUUCCUUUCCGACUGGUUUUUUUACGCUGGGAUUUUCUGUUCUAGGUGAAUAGUUCCAGUUCAAGCCUCCUCCCCGUGUUGUAAUUGUAUGUUCUCUGUAUUGUAAUUUUCUAUAGGGAAUUCAGCUUUUUCUUAACUAAUUUAGCUAAUUAACGAGAACGUUGCUUUACCAAACUUCCCACUGGAUAUCACUCGCAGGUAGGACCUUCUGCUGGUGUCAUUCCAAGGGAUUUCUUAAAUUCCACGGCUUUUUCUCAUGAAAAAGUAAAAAAAAAGGAAAAAUAAUAAAACCCCCCAAAUUCACCACAAAACAGCCGAACCACCGGAUUUCCCCAUGGGAAUUCGAGGGGGUUUUUGCCAUUCUGGCGCUUUUCAGAGUCCGCCCCUUUCAGUUGAGAUUUUAUCAAAAAAAAAUAAACUUCCAAAGCCUUUUUUUCUUUUUUC